AAUACGGGACGUGUACUUUUGUUUCUAAAUACGGGACGAUUCCGUUUUUUAAGGGACGGUUGGCAACCCUAUCCCUGAGUGAACACGGUGUACAGAUGGGUACAGACAGCAGCCUCAGAGCACCCAUCUAAUAUGGAGACUACAAAGGCAGACAGCAGGCGCAAUCCUUUGGCCACUGCCAGCUUUUUUUCAAGGGUCUUUUUGUGUUGGUUAAACCCCCUGUUACAGCUUGGCCAAAAACACAGGCUCGAGAAAGGUGACAUGUACAGUGUCCUUCCGGAGGAUCGGUCUGAAACCCUGGGAGAGGAGCUGCAGAGAUGUUGGAACGAGGAAGUAAAAAAGGCUUCAAAGGAACUAUGGAAGCCGCAGCUCUCCAGGGUUCUUAUAAAGUGCUAUGGAAAGUCCUAUGCAUUAGCCGGCCUAUUUGAAUUUUUUCUGGAGGCAAUCAAAGUGAUCCAGCCACUUCUUCUGGGAAAAAUAAUCCUUUUCUUUGAGAAUUAUCACCCAGAUGAUCAGAGGAGUCUUUGCAUGGCGUAUGUUUACGCUGCUGCGAUGUCCAUCUCCACGUUUGGACUGACUAUCCUCCAACAUCUCUACUACUAUCAUGUCCAAAGAACAGGCAUGAGGAUUAGAGUGGCUAUGUGUCACAUGAUCUACAGGAAGGCUCUUGGUCUCAGCACUGAAUCCAUCGGACGAACAACCACCGGUCAAAUAGUGAACCUACUUUCAAAUGAUGUUAAUCAUUUUGAUGAGAUUACACUCAGACUGCACUACUUGUGGGCGGGACCUCUGCAAGCAAUGGUGAUCAUCGUUUUCCUUUGGUAUGAGAUCGGCCCCUCGUGCCUGGCAGGUGUGGCAACAAUUGCAGUUAUGAUGCCGAUACAGACCUGGUUUGGAAAACUCUUCGGCAUCUUCAGGAGCAAAACAGCAGUCCUUACUGACAGCAGAAUCCGUAUCAUGAAUGAAGUGGUGUCUGGCAUAAGGAUAAUCAAGAUGUAUGUCUGGGAGAAAUGGUUCUCAGCCCUGGUGACUGAAGUUAGAAAGAAAGAAAUCAGUCGGAUAUUAAAGAGCUCCUACCUACGAGGACUCAACAUGGCUUCCUUCUUUGCCAGCAGCAAGCUCAUAAUCUUUGUUACCUUCACGGUCUACACUCUUUUGGGGAACACCAUGACUGCCAGCCAGGUGUUUGUCACCAUGUCCCUGUAUGGUACAAUUAAGGUCACCCUGACCCUGUUCUUUCCUCUGGCCAUUGAGAAGUUGUCAGAGACUAUAGUGAGCAUUCGCAGGAUUAAG